AUGAGAGGACAGUUGAUUCUUAUAGAAGGAUUAGAUAGAUCAGGUAAAUCUACUCAACUGGUCAAACUACAUGAAUCCAUCAAAGACAGUUUUAUCGUAAAGUUCCCCGAUAGGUCUACACGAAUUGGAAGCAUCAUUAAUGAGUAUUUAACUAAUGAAGAUUUUAAGUUACCUGAUCAAUCAAUACAUUUACUUUUCAGUGCUAAUAGAUGGGAAGUCAUCCAAGAUAUGAUCGAUAAGUUGAACAACGGACAUACUAUCAUUUUGGAUAGGUACAUUUAUUCAGGUAUAUCGUAUUCAUUAUCCAAGCUGCAGUUAUCAAACACUAAGAAUGAAAUGUCAGAUGUAGAUUGGUUAUAUUCUCCUGAUAAGGGAUUACCCAAGCCAGACUUGACAUUAUUCUUAUCGUUGGAAUUAGAUCAGAUAAAUUCCAGAGCUGAAUUUGGAGAAGAAAGAUACGAAAAGACAGAAUUUCAAAAAAUCGUUAAAUCGAAUUUUUUAAAGAUUUUACCCCAAGAAGGAGUAAAGAUCCUUAAUGUUAAUGACAAAUCAAUUGAAGAAGUACAAAAAAUGAUCUGGGAAAUCAUUGAACAAGGAGAUUAUAAUAAAUUGACCAAUAAUCCAAUAUCAUAUUUUACCUAA